AUGAUGAUUGCGAAAAGUUUCACCACUGCUCGUUUUUUGGGCAACACCAGUGUUGCUUCCAUCGGGUUCAGUCCUACCAACGGAUUUCUGAAAACCUGGAAUGAUAUGCCGAUCAUCGAGUGUCUCGCAAGUUGCAUCGCAUACACAGAUUGCAAUUCCGUCAAUUGGGCAAAGAACGACGCGAGCGCAUUAAUCGGCCGCUGUGAAAUCAUCAACGCAACAUCGUGGAAACCGAUUUCAUUUUUGGCGAGACCUGCUGAAUUCAGCGAAUUUUAUGUGGAUGUCAACAUGAAAUCCAUGACGAGGCUUGUCGCAAUUCCUGCUGUGACCUCUUCAACUGCAUUAGCAGUUUCUGACCCAAAAGCGAAAUGGCCGACAGAUUGCAUGUUUGUCAGCGGAUCGACAGCGGGAUUCAUUGUGGGAUUCAGGAACAAUCAAACGUCAUCGAGUUACAUCGAACAUUUCAAGUGCAGGGUUUUCAGACAUGGUUUUGCCAUGUCGGCUGAAACACCGACGGUGAUAGCUUAUUCCCAAUACGCCAAUUUCAAUCUGACGUGUCCCAGCGGUUGGGUGAUCACAGCCGCCCUCGAAGACGACUCGGGCUUCAUUCUGACCAACAACAUUCGUUGCAUGAAACCCGCAUUACCCUGGUUUGUGAAUGGCGCCCAGUGCCGCACCAAAGCCCUCAAGACCUUCAAGGCUGCUGCCACGCCAUCUCCCAUGAAGACCACCAACUUUGAUGGCGUGAACGCGGAACCCGACUGGGGUGCCCAAUGUGGGAACUCCACCACCAUUGAGGCCCUGGUUGCCUACAACUUCGUCCUCGCUCCAGAAUGGGUAUUGGACACCAUGCUCUGCUGUCUACUAGAGCGAGCUGCGUGAGAAGCUGACAAGAAAUUGGCGAACGUCAAAUUCACUCUUUAUCGGGUUUUUAUCGCGUCCUCUGUUUUAAUCCUGAAUCUGUAAAUCUGGAUUAUCAUAAUCAUCCAGACGCAUUACGAAUGAAGCAAGUGUCAACAUUUUGAUUCACUGAAAGCAAAUAAAUUGGCCCAUGUAUGCACAUACCAAGAAUA